AUCAGCUGCCGCCGGCAGAGGCAGCAUCCCGCCCGCGCGCCCUGCCCCCUCCAGUGCCGGGCCCGGGCAGCAGCAGCAGCAGCAAGAGGGAGCCACUGCUGCCGCCGCCUCCUUCCCCACUGCUGCUUCUGCUUCUGCCCCCCGAGGGGGUCAGGCGGGGCGGCUGCAUGAGGUUGAUGCUGCUCUGCUGCAGCUGGAAGGACGAGCCCAUGGGAGAGGACGAAGGAAACGACCUGCCAAUAUGUGCCAGCUGCAGCCACAGUAUCUAUGACGGCCAGUACCUGCAGGCCCUCAAUGCCGACUGGCACGUGGACUGCUUCAGGUGCUGCAAAUGUGGGGCCUCGCUCUCCCACCAAUACUACGAGAAGGACGGGCACCUCUACUGCAAGAAGGACUACUGGGCCCACUUUGGAGAGCUCUGCCAUGGCUGCUCGGAGCAGAUCACCAAAGGGCUGGUCAUGGCGGCCGGGGAACAGAAAUAUCACCCAGAAUGCUUCACCUGCCUGAACUGCCGGGCAUUCAUUGGCGACGGGGAGGCCUAUGCUCUGGUGGAACGCUCGAAGCUUUACUGCGGCCACUGUUAUUACCAGAUGGUGGUGACCCCAGUGAUGGACCAGCUGCUUCCGGAGUCUCCAGGUUCCCGGAUCCCCCACACGGUCACCCUCGUCUCCAUCCCAGCCUGUUCCGAGGGCAAGCGGGGCUUCUCCGUCUCCAUCGACCAGCACGGCACAUCAGAUCAUCCACACACUGUGCGCGUCCGAGAGUUGAACCCCGAAUGCAUCAGCCCUGACAUGAAGAACUCCAUCCAUGUUGGCGACCGCAUCCUGGAGAUCAACGGCACCCCGAUCCGGCACGUCCCGCUCGACGAGAUCGACCUGCUGAUCCAGGAGACCAGCCGAUUGCUCCAGCUCACCAUUGAGCACGACCCGCACGAGAUGCUGGAGAGCAGCCCCCUCUCGGAGCUGCGGAGUCCCCUCCGUUCACCCAGCCGCACACCUUGCCUGGAACCGGCAGCCAUCCGCCAGCGCACAGUCAUGCGGAGCUGCAGCAUCGACAAAUCACCUUGCUCCACCUCGCUGGGCUCCCCAGCCUCUCAGAGAAAGGACAUUGGCCGCUCUGAAUCGCUCCGUGUCAUCUCCCGCCCCCACCGUAUCUUCCGCCCCUCGGACCUCAUCCAUGGCGAGGUGUUGGGCAAAGGAUGCUUUGGACAGGCUAUCAAGGUAACACACAGAGAGACCAGAGAAGUCAUGGUCAUGAAAGAGCUUAUCCGUUUCGACGAGGAGACCCAGAGAACGUUCCUGAAGGAGGUGAAAGUGAUGCGGUGCCUGGAGCACCCCAACGUGCUGCGGUUCAUCGGGGUUCUGUACAAGGACAAGCGGCUGAACUUCAUCACAGAGUACAUCAAGGGAGGGACGCUCCGGGGGAUUAUCAAAAGCAUGGACAGUCAGUAUCCUUGGAGUCAGCGGGUCAGCUUUGCAAAAGACAUCGCAUCGGGGAUGGCAUAUCUGCACUCCAUGAACAUCAUCCACAGGGACCUCAACACACACAAUUGUCUCGUGCGCGAGAAUAAGAGCGUGGUAGUGGCCGAUUUCGGCUUGUCCCGACUGAUGGUGGACGAGAAGAACCAGCUAGCAAGCCUCAAGAAGCCGGACCGCAGGAAGCGGUACACCGUCGUGGGGAACCCCUACUGGAUGGCUCCCGAGAUGAUCAAUGGCAGGAGCUACGACGAGAAGGUGGACGUCUUCUCCUUCGGCAUCAUCCUGUGUGAGAUUAUCGGGAGGGUCAGCGCCGACCCCGACUACUUGCCUCGCAACCUAGACUUUGGCCUCAACAUUCGGGGCUUCCUGGACCGUUACUGCCCUCCCAACUGCCCCCCGAGUUUCUUCCCCACCGCCGUCCGCUGUUGCGACCUGGACCAUGAGAAGCGGCCCUCCUUCAGCCGGUUGGAACAUUGGCUGGAAGUUUUGCACAUGCACAUCGUCCUGAAGCUUCCCCUGAGCUCACAACUGGAGCAGCUGGACCGGGCCUUCUGGGAGACGCACCGGCAGGCCGAGGGUGGGCUCCCCGUGCACCCCGAAGUGUCCAAAUGAGACUGGCGGGCCGCCCCCAAGCCUGCCUUGCUGCACGAAGCUCACCUGUGAGAGCUGGUCUCUGGGUCAGCUCCAAAGAGGCCCCACGAAGGCCCACUUGGCUGGGAGCCAGUUCUCCCGGCCUCCUUCGGGAGGGGUGGUUGGGUUCGGAGAGCGGUGUUCUGUGCCUGGCAUGCACAGCCAUCCGGACGUGGCCCUCUGGGGGGGCCUUGUAAAUACUCCAUGUGAAUAGGCACCCUUCUCCAUGCAAGCCCUUCCGCGGCAGCGGUGGCAGACGGAAAGGGGCACCCCUCUGGGGAAAUGAAUGCGAUACGCUGCUUCGAUGCCUGCGAAGCACCGAUUCGGCGCCUGCAAAGCACCGGUUCGGCACCCCACGGUUGCUGAUGCCUGCGCACGCUCCGCUGAACACAUCCGCUUCUGUUCCUGGCCAGCCGCAGCUCUCAAACUGGCGUUCAUGGCAGGGGUGUCCCCCCACCACCACAGACACUUUGUCCCCUGCUCUGUCCAGACCCUCCUCCUCCUUCCAAGUGGUGCCUUGGGUUUCCAUGAACUUGCAAUGCUGCUUACCCAGGUUCUCUGGUCCCCAUUUUUGUGGUCCGUUCUCCAUGUAGGUCACGUUUGUGAAACCGCGAGAGGCGUCCGUGCACACGUGCAUGGCCUGCGUUUCCCCCUCCCCACGCCCGUGUCUGCCUUUGUCUUUGUCUGUCUGUGCGUGCGUAUGCACAUGAUCUCCUCUUUCCUUGUUUCCCAGCCAGAGUUUCAAGGCAUGGUUUUCCGUGCGGAGCAAAGGAAAGGUCGGACCGUUCCCCUUUCCCACCAAGGGAGUUUGAGACCCUUUUUAGACCCCAGGUUAGCAGUAGAACAGCGGAAUCACAGCUGAUUCGGCAUAUAAACUGUGUGGUACAGGGUUCUAUGGACUGUCCUAUUCAGAUCGGGGGGGGGGGUGUGUGUUCUGGGAUGACUUGCUUUUGUAACUCGAAACUUUUAGAGCAGUUGAUAAGCUCAGCUUUUUUUGUUCAGCUUCAUAAUGAACACCUGUAUGUUAGAGAGACCGACCCGUUUGCUUUCUGUAGGCAGGGAGACUUGGAAGGAAUUCAAGGAUGUGAUUUGUCCCCUGCUGCCUGAAAUGGUACAUUCCAGGAACUCUGUCCUUAGUUAUUUAUCUGCAUAGAUCUUUGGGCUACCAUCAGUUUUUAGUGGAGGGGAAAUCCCAAGUUGUUAGAACAGGAGUUCUAGAAAUCUGAACCGCAGAAUAAUUUUGGGAGAUUGCAAACCCCACCAUGGGUUUAUAAGUAGCACCAAAACAGCAGCAGCUGAGAAAUUAUAAAGUUGGGAUUCAUAAAAGGUUGGUGGGGCAGGGCGUAGAUUGGAGGGGAAUGGUCUGGGAAGCUCUGUAACCAUGAGGUCUAGAAACUUGGGUCGCAUGUAGCUUUUAAAAAUACUUGGAAGGAAAGAUAACCUUUGUGGGCUUCCUGAAGGCGUCUGAUUGGCCACGCUGGGAGACAAGACAUUAGGAACAUAGGAAGCUGCCUUAUACUGUGUCAGAUCCCUGGUCAGUCCAGUUCAGUCUUGUCAACACUGACUGGCAGCAGCUCUCCAAGAUUUCAGGCAGGAGACUUCCCCAGCCAUAUUUGGAGAUGCUGCCAGGGAGUGAACCUGGGACCUUCUGCAUCCCAAGCAGAUGAGCUACAGCCCCAUUGUUGGACUUUGGUCUGAUCCAGCAGGGUUCGUCCUACCAUAGCACGCUCCAUGGAUAUUAGCCAUGACAGCUAGGAAAUGAGCCUCCAUGUUCCAAGGCAGCCUACCUCUAAUUACCAGAUGCUGAGGAAGAAUGACAGUGACUGGCUAUUCAAUUUUUCAUUGCCGUUCCUCCAGGCACGCUUGACUGGGGAAGUCUAAAUAGAUCUUCUGUCCAUGUGAUCAUGCUUGCGUACUGAUGGGUAUGCUGCUCCUGUUCCUCUCAGAAUUAGGGCCCCUUGAAAUAAAUGAGGGUCGGAUUCCGUGCUGUCUUUUUUUUUUUUUUAAGAGGAAAAUGUUGGGAAGUGAAAAGGAAAUGGAGAAACAGGUGAAUCUUUGUCAAGCCUGAACAGACACGUGAAUGCUUGUUCCACGUCUAGCAAAGAUGGCAUAUUGCAUAGAUGGCCUGCAGAGGGCGGUAUAAGCAAGCACCAGUCCAUCACAGCAUCUAUGUCUUUUAUCACACUUUUGAGGCACGUGGCAAAAAGUGUGUGUGUGUGUGUUUGUGUAGCAUCCGUGUUGCUUCUGUUCUGUGGCUGAUGCGAACGGCGUCAUCUGCGAGUCGGACCCUCCACGAAGCCCCUCUCCGCAUGCAGUGCUUCGGACCAGUGGAGAGAUCGUGGAUGCCCGAGUGCUGUGGAAGGCAGGAGGGAGGCUGAUCUGGCCCACCGCCAAAGCACAGGCGUGAGCCCCCCAGCUCUGAAGUGCCCGUCGGAAUAUUAGACGCUGCCUUCCGCUGAGUCACGCCAAUGGGGCAUCGAGCUCGGGGCUGUCGACACUGGCUGGCAGCAGCACUCCACAGUUUGAGGCGGGAGUCCUGUUGAUGGGCCUGAUCCUGGGACCUUUUGCAUGCCAAGCAGAUGCUUUUCCACUGAGCUACGGCCCCAUCCCCUAAUGGGGCUCUCUUACAGUGCUCACAUGUGGUCACCCAUCCAAAUGCAAACCAAGGCCAACCCUGCUUAGCAGAGGGGCCAGUCCGCACAGCACUGACACGCACAGCUCCCCUUUCCCUCCGCGGGGCUCCUGCAGAAGGCACAUGCCGCCACAGCAUCCCCUUCCUCCGUGUGUCCUAAAGUCGCUUGUAUCUUCCAACCCCACCCCCCCACCCUGUCAAUGUCCUGGGCUGUUCUGGCUUCUGAGUUUGUGCCUGCAGUCACCUCUCUGGGCCAUUUGUAGCAUCCUGUUGUUGUCGUUGCUGUUGUUGUGUGCUGAGGAUUCUGGGCCUUCCUCCGGGAGCCUCUUCUUGGAAGGUAGGCCCAAACGGGGGUCCGUGCCUCCGUCUCACAUUUCUUUCCCCCAUCCAUUCCGUCCCUUUUGGUGCUUUGUCCCUCCUUGGGCACUGUAGGUGAUACCCAGCAUUCAAGGAGUUUCCCCGAGCUGGGCAAUUCCUCGGCACGGCCCGGGGAUCUUCCGCACACAUCCUCGGCUGCGGGCGGAGCCUCCCGCCGCCCUCCCACGCGUCCCGGUUGAUCCCCCCCCCCGUAACAUACUUGAAGAGAAGAGUUUGUAUUAUUUUUUCAUACAGGCAGCCUCCGCACUUUCGAGCGUUACCACGUUCUCACUCGGCCUCAGUUCUGCUUACAGGGAAGUAUUACGAUUGGGGGUGGGGCGGGCAUGACUGUGAAGCAUCUCCGAUGCACUUUGACCGGGAAGACGGGAAACGCGAUGCCGUCUCUGGAGGUGGGAAGGAGAUGUUGCGAGACGGGUGAUGUAAACCAAAAUCACGCCACAUGAAUAAAAUAAUGUCCUUCCACCCUA